AUGGUGGCUGGGGGCGUGCAGAGCGUGGAGGACGGGGCACUCUACACCACCCACGCCUCCUAUUACCCGCAGUUCUACUCCACGCUGCUCCCGCCCGCGCCGCCCGGCUCCUACUCCUCCUCCAACUACUCCUCCUCCACGCACUCCUCCUCGGGCCAGUCCUCAGACUGCUCCUGGCUGAGGCUGGAGGGCGUGGAGGGCGUGUGCGGCACGGCCCCGCCCGGCCGUGCGCGCCACCCGCGGUGUACGUGCCCCUCGCCUGAGUCUCUGCGGAAGGCGCGGAAGGCCCUGGCGGCACGGCGGGUCCGUGCGUGGCGGGACCCCCGGUGCACGUGCCCCAGCCCCCCCGGGAGCCGCGACGCCAGCCCCUGGAGCGGCACGUCCCCCUCGCCCCCCUCCACCCCCGCCACGGCCUCGCCGCCCCCUCGCCAGCCCCGCUGCACGUGCCCGGACUCUGACCUUUCCCACAAGCUGACGGGUGCACGGCGUGCACGGUCAGCGCGGGACCUGCGGUGCACGUGUCCCACCACCACGCCGCCCCCCGCCAGGGAGCCGCGGUGCACGUGCCCGCCUCACGUGCAGGAGCAGGACAAGCGGUCGUGCAAGGGGCGGCUGGUGCACGCCGUGCUGCUCAACUACCCCGGCAGCACGGCCAUCAGCACGGACCACGGAGACUUCGUGCGCCUCUCCCCGGCCAAGAUGGCGGAGGCCCUCAAGCUGUGCCACCUGCGGCACAAAGUGGUGAGUGGCGUGGCCGCCCUGGCCGCCGCACGCCCACUCCACGCCCACGGCAAGGAUGGCGACGGGCGUGUGUGUCGCUGCGAAGCCUCGGAGGCGCGGCUGCGGGGCCGCGCCCCUGGGGUCGUCACCAGGAUACUCCCCGCAGCCGCAGCCGCAGACACCAAGCAGGAGACUAAGGCAAGCCCCGAGGCUCCUACCAAAGGUAACGCCACCUUCCCUAUGGAAGACUUACCUCAGCCACUCCUGGGGGACCUGUGCUCGCCCCUGGGGGAGGUGCCGCCCCUCAGCCCCCCUGAGAGGCCGCCCGUCACCCAGGACAACCUCCCCCUGCACCCCCUCACGCGUCACGUGACCAGUGACGUCACCCAGGCCUCCUGCAGCAGCACCCCGACUAAGGCGGCAACCCGCGGUGGCGGCUCGUGGCGCGACCCCAGUGUGUCGCUGAGGAAUUUGCGGCACCUGCAGCAGCUCAGCGCCUCCCACGGGCACCUGGACGCCAGCCUGGAGGCCUCCCUCAGCAGGACCAGGUCCCUGGAGAUAUAUGUGAAGGACCUGGCGCAGCAGGCGGCACGGCAGCCUCCCUCUCUGCUGGCUGCUGCCUCUGCUUACCACCUCACCCUCGCUCCGCAGACUGACCAGCAGCGCUGGACCAAGAAGAUUCUCCCUCAGUCGCCACCCCCCGGCAGGAGACAGUCGCCACCCCCCGGCAGGAGACAGUCGCCACCCCCCGGCAGGAGACAGUCGCCACACCCCCAGCAGGAGACAGUCGCCACCCCCCGGCAGGAGACAGUCGCCACCCCCCGGCAGGAGACAGUCGCCAUCCCCCGGCAGGAGACAGUCGUCACCCCCCGGGAGGAGACAGUCGCCACCCCCGGGAGGAGACAGUCGCCACCCCCCGGCAAGAGACAGUCGCCACCCCCCGGCAGGAGACAGUCGCCACCCCCCGGCAGGAGACAGUCGCCACCCCCCGGCAGGAGACAGUCGCCACCCCCCGGCAGGAGACAGUCGCCACCCCCCGGCAGGAGACAGUCGCCACCCCCCGACAGGAGACAGUCGCCACCCCCGGCAGGAGACAGUCGCCACCCCCCGGCAAGAGACAGUCGCCACCCCCCAGCAGGAGACAGUCGCCACCCCCCGGCAGGAGACAGUCGAGGGAGCGCCAGGUAUCGCCGCCGUGCCUGA